AUGCCGGUUAUGGUGCCUGGCAGGGCGCAGGGCCACGCCUGGCCAGCGCUGGACCUGGAGAUGGGUCCCCUCGUCCAGACGCAGACCCUCCGGGACUUUGAGCAGGUGAGACCACGGGACCCCCCCAUGGCACUGGGGUGCCAGGAGCACCCCAGCACCACUGGACCACUGGAGGAUAUGUGCCGGAUCCCCUGGGGGGUGGCUGCAGAGAACCAGACGACCCGCAGCCAGGCAGCGCUCCGGCAGCAGUAUGAGGAGCGGCAGCGGGAGUCGGAGCACGUCUAUGAGCUCCUGGAGAACAAGAUCCAGCUCCUGCAGGAGGAGGCCAGGCUGGCACGGAGUGAGGCCGAGCAGGCCACGGCUCUGGCCCGAGCCGAGGCGGAGCGGGGUGCGAGGAUGAAGGAAGAGGACAGGAGUGAUGACAGCUGCAGCGCGGUGGCCCAGAGGAGGAUUGAAGAGCUGACCCAAGAGCUGGCUGCCAGCAAACGGCUUGUGGAGACGCUGUCGGCCGAGAAGCGCAACCUGCAGCAGCGCCUGGAGGAGCCCCCAGCCGUGGGGGGGCAGAAUUUGCAGGAUGAACAUCAGCAGCCGGCUCCGGGUGACCCUGCAGUGGGGGAGCACGUGUCUGAUCUGUGUGCUGCAGAGCUGCAGGGCAAAAUCCAGCAGUUUGAAGCUGCCAACAAGUUGUUACAGGAAAAGCUGAAUGAAUUGAAUUUUGAAUUAAAAUCUGUCCAAGAAACAUCGCAGAGGCAAGAUCGUACAAUCCAGAGUCUGAAUGAGGCCCUGAAAAGCAAAGAGAGUAAGGCAGAAGAGCUGUACCAUAUUAUCGAAGGGCAGAAUGAAACAAUGGCCAAGCUGCAGGACAUGUUACACAGAAGCCAUCUGGGACAGUUGCAGAUAUCAGAGAGCCCACUGUCAUCCCAGGAACAGCAAAUGUCACUGCUAGAUCUUCAGAACACGCUUUUCUGCACCAAGCUGGAGCUGCGGAAGCUGAAAAGAACUCAGCGCCAGAAAGAGCAUCAACUGGCUGAAGCCAGGAGAGCAACCCAGCUCCUAGAGACCAUGGUGCAUGAAGAAGAGCAGCAGAAAGAGGCAACCCGGAAACACAACCAGGAACUGCGAGCUGUAGUACAGCAGCUGCAGGCAGAGCUGCAGGACAAGGCCCAGCAGCUCCAGACUGUGGAGUGGGAGAAAUGCCGUGAGCUGCAGGCCCAGGAGCAGAGAGUUCAGCAUUUGUGUCAGCAUCUGGCUCGCAAGGAACAGCUUCUGCAGGAAUCGAGGGAGCUUCUGCAAUGCCAGCAAAACUUGGACAAGAGCCCUGCAGCCAUUAACGUCAUGUUGGAGAAACUGCAGCAGCGAGUCAGCGACAGGGAUGCUGCUCUGGAGCGAGCAGUAGAUGAGAAGUUCUGUACCCUGGAGAAGAAGGAGCAAGAGCUGCAACAGCUCCAUCUCUCAAUAAGGGAGCGUGGAAGUGACCUGGAGAGGUUGCGCAAUGUCCUAUCCAGCAAUGAGGCCACCAUUCAUAGCCUGGAGAGCCUCCUGAAAGCCAAAACCCUGGAACUAGAGCAGGUGUCAGCAACCUGCCAAAACCUCCGCUGGCUCAAGGAGGAGAUCGAGGCCAAAUCCUGCAGCAGGCAGAAAGAGCAGGAGGGGAUCAUCCAGCAGCUGCAGACCUGCCUGCAUGACAGGAACAAGGAAGUGGAGGAGCUUACAGCAACUCUGCUGUGCAAGCUGGGCCCAGGACAGAGUGAGGUAGCAGAGGAGCUGUGCCUGCGUCUCCAGCACAAGGAGAAAAUGCUGCAGGAUCUCCUCAGUGACAGGAACCAUCAGACCAUGGAGCAUGAUGCUGAAAUCCGGGAGCUGCUGCAGGCCGUGAGCACCAAGGAGCAGCAGAGCAGAAUGGCUGCUGAGAAGAUGGCGCACGCUUUGGCUGAAAGGAGCUGCGAGUUACAACUCCUACGCCAGCAUGUGUUGGGGAAGGAGCCUGUCGCGACCCAGUUAGCUGGUGCUAGGCUGUUGAAGCAGGACACACAGCCCAUACAAGAAAUACUGCAAAGAGCUUGUGGGGCUACAGCCAUUGCUGGACCCCAGCAAGGGGACAACAGCUGCAGGACAGAGGGAGUUACGGCAUCAGCAGCAGAACUGGAGAAGGAUCUUGUUAAUGCCAAAGAGGAGCUGGAGCUAAUGACGAAGAAGGAAAGGGAAAGCAGGCGGGAACUGACUGCUCUCCAGUCUGUCGUGGCCACGCAGGAGGAAGAGCUGCAGGUGCAGGCCUCGGAUAUAGAGUCCUUGACCAGGACCAUCCAGAUCAAAGAGGACCUCAUCAAGGAUCUGCAGAUGCAGCUGGUGGAUCCCGAAGAAAUUCCAGCUGUAGAAAGGCUGACGCAAGAAGUGCUGGUGCUUCGGGAGAAAGUGGCCACAGCAGAGUCACGAGGACAAGAGGCUACUGGAAACAGAAGGCAGCAGUUGUUACUGAUGCUGGAAGGGCUGGUGGCCGAAAGGAAUCGGUUAAAUGAGGCUCUCCAGGCAGAGAGGCAGCUCUAUGGCAGCCUGGUGAAGUUUCACACACACCCAGACAGCGCUGCGAGAGACCACACUCUGCAGGUGGAGCUGGAGGGGGUCCAGGAGCUUCGGGGACAGCUGGAAGAAGCUCUUGGAAGAAGCUUGGAGCGUUUGAGCAGGCUGGAGACGCAGGGCACCAUAGGAGGUCAGGCCACAGGCAUAGAUGCUGAUGAUGCCAGCACCAACCUCACUGACAGCAUCAAGGAGGAGGCAGCCCACGGCGUGGCAACCCAGCACAGCAGCCCCCAGGCCCCUAAGGAAAGUGGGGACACUGAGAGGGCCCUGAUGGGGAGCACGGCACCUGCCAUGCCGGCGCGGGAGACGGUGCUGUGUGCCCCCAGAAAGGCAAUGCUGAGCCUGUGCCUGGAGAAUGCGGAGCUGAAAGAGCGGAUGGGUGAAGCCACGUCGCUGCUGGAGAGUGGGGAGCAGGAGGAGGCUGGGCCGGGCACCCCCCUGGCCCCCGAGCCCCGCAGGCUGCAGCGGAAGAGCCGCAGCACCCUUGGGGACCACCCGGCUGGUGGCAGCAGCGAUGGCCAGGGGGUCCCGGCAGAGAGGGGAGCUGUGCCCACCAAACGCCCAGCACUGGAGGCACAAUCCCAGGACGACGUACCCAAGAGACCCUGCCCUGGCACCCCGGGUGGAGGGAACGGGAGCCAUGCGGAGGGCACAGCCCCCAGCGGGGGCUGGCCAGGGCUGGGUGCAGAGCUGUGCUCCCAGGUGGCACAGGGCCAAAGGCAGUGCCAGGAGCUGCAGGACAAGCUCGCCGCCUCGGAGGCCACGGUGCGAGCACAAGCCAAGCAGCUGGAGAAGUACCAUGUCCUGCUCCCAGGUGAACCCCACGCCCAGCAGCUCAGCAAGCAAGUGCAGGUGGACUUCCAGGACCUGGGCUAUGAGACGUGUGGGCGAAGCGAGACCGAGGCUGACCGGGACGAGACCACCAGCCCUGAGUGCGAGGAGCCAGAUGUAUUCAGCGAGCCCAGCCUGGGCGAGGAGCCGGGGUCCCCGUGCCAGCCAGGGAUGCCCAGGGUGGACAAGGCUAGCCGGAAAGCCAUGGCACCGGCAGAUGUGGGGGCCCUGCGCCAGCACAUCCAGGACCUUAAGGCGCAGCUGCUCAAUGCCAACAAGGUGAUCCAGAGCCUGCAGCGUCGUGCCCGCUCCGUCUCCGUCACCAGUGGCUACGCCUCGGGCGCUGAGCGGCCCCCACUGGGUCCCACGGCCCUGGCCUCCCCGGCCCACAGCCUCACUGAUGAGGAUGAGGGCUGGCAGUCGGAUGGCCACGGCACCCUCUGCCCGCCUGCCCUACGGGCACACCGCGACCUACAGCGCCUGGUGCACCGCGUGGCCCUCCUCGAAGCGCAGCUGCCUGCAACCAAGCCUGGAGGGGUUUUGCCCAAGGAGCUGCAAUCUGCCACCUGGCCAGGGAAGUACGACUCGCUGAUCCAAGCACAGGCUCGGGAGCUCUCCCACCUGCGGCAGACGCUGCGGGAAGGCCGCGGGGUGAGCCGCAGCCUGGCCCAGCACCUGCACGAUGCCCUGCGGUCCUUUGAGGAGCUCCUCCGUGGCACCGACAUCGACUACUACCUGGGCCAGGGCUUUCGGGAGCAGCUGGCCCAGGGCAGGCAGCUGGCCGAGCGGCUCAGUGACAAGCUGGGCACCAGAGAUCGACAAGAUGGGGAGGGUAAAACCAGCCACGAACUCCUGGCACUGAGGCUCAGCCGGGAGCUCCAGGAGAAGGAGAAGGUGAUCGAGAGCCUGGAGGCGAAGCUGCAGGAGCGCUGUGAGUCCCCGGGCAGCAGCCGCCCGCCCUCUGAGUCGUCCCGCUCUGCCACCAGCGCCUCCUUCGUGUCCGAGGGGCUGGAGCCCUGCUCUGACGGGGACGUGGCCAGCGAGUGCAGCCAGUGCCGCGAGGAGCCCGCCCGACUCGCAGGCCUUCACUUAAACUCCUUGUCCAAAUCCAUUAGUGCCCCCCUGCCUGCGCUGGCCCCCAGGCUGCCCCCCUUCCUGCCUGCUGGGCCACCCCCUCCUGCGCCGCCCCCGCUCAUGGGCUGCUGCGGGACCCCCGUCUGCUCCCUGGCUGAGGCCCAGCAGGAACUGCAGGUGCUCCGGAGGCAGCUGGGAGAAAGUGAGCGUGUGCCUCCGGCAUGGGGUGUGACACUCCCCAUGGCACCAGCAAAGCCCACAGCCCCACUGGGCCCCUUUGGAGAGGGCAGCAAAGCCCCAGCAUCGCUCUGCCGACACGGCACACUGCAGAGCCUGGCUGAGAUCCCCGGGGCCACCAAGACCCGUGCCCUCUGGGACAUACCCCCUCCCGGCCAGCCGCUUUACGGGGCCCUGCCAUUGGGGUAUCCCUCCAGCCAGAAGCUAACAGGGGCAGACCUGCUGGAGGAGCACUUGGUGGAGAUCCGCAGCUUGCGCCAGCGCCUCGAGGAGUCCAUCUGCACCAACGACCGGCUCCGGGAGCAGCUUGAACACCGCCUGGCCUCCACCAGCAAGGCCAGCGGAUUGCCCAGCAAUGUCUAUGCCCAGGGGCCGGAGCCAGGGCUGCAGCUGAGUGGGGAGAACCAGGCUCUGCGCGAGGACAACAGGACCCUGCGGCUCCAGCGUGACCACCUCUCCCAAGAGCUGGCGCGGGUGCAGGAGGCGCUCCUGGCUGCCUGCUCCCGGGCACGGGAGGCUGAAGCAGAGCUGGGCCAGAGGCUGGGGGAGCAGCGGAGGCUGGCAGAGGAGCUUGCCGAGCGCCAAGAGAGCGUCCAGCAGCUCCGAGACGAGCGGCGCUCUCUGCAGGAAGACAACAACAGGCUGCAGCACAUGGUGACGCUCCUGCAGCAGCAGUGUGAGGAGCAACGCCUGCUCCUGCAGACCCUGCGUGCAGAGCUGCAUGUCUAUGAGAGCCUCCCUGGCCCCUCCGCCGAGACCCGUGCAGGCUGCUUCCCAUCUCCUCCAGUGCGGGAUGUUGGCACGAGCUCAGCAGCUCCCCUCUUCUCCCUGCAGCCCUCUGACACGUCGGUGGCCCGGCGGAUGGACGAGCCACGUGGGGCAGACCCACUGGUGAGGAAGAGCGAGGGACCGACAGGGGCUCACGUUGUCGGCCACCUGGACACCUACCGGGCCCUGGAGCAGCACAUCCUGGAGGGGAAGGCGCUGGCCCGCGAGCUGAUGUGUCUCAUGCACCCGGCGCUCGGGCUGCCCAACUGCCCGCUCCCGGGAAAGGAGGUAAAGUGUGAGCAGGACGGGGCUGGUGGCAGCUGGGGGAUGGACCCCGCUCUGUGGACUAUGCAUAAAGCGGCUCCUGAGCCCAAUAUCAGCCCCGAGCCUUGCAGGGCUGGCAAGCGGCAGGUAGUGUCCAGCCUGGGGGCUGUUGCCGGCACUGCUCUGCAGUGUUGGGCUGGGCGCAGCGAGUCCCCAGGUGCAGUGGGAUGCAGGUGCCCCAGCAGCACCCUGCUGCCCGUUGGCCCUGCCCAGCGCCAGGGCAAGGAGCAGGCACUACAGGGUGAGAUCGUGGCACUGCGGGCCCAGCUCUCCGAGAGGGAGGAUGCUCUGCAGAGCGCGGCCAAGCGGCUGCGCAGCACAGCCCAGCUCAAGGACAGCAUGGAGCAGUUCAUUGUGAGCCAGCUGACCAGGACCCACAACGUGCUGCGCAAAGCCAGGACAAACCUGGAGGUGAAGGCCCAGCAGGCCCUGUCCGUCACGUGAGCCCCAGGCAGGGCAGGGAGAGCUGCCCCGGC